AUGGAAGUUUCUGUUUCUUAUAUUUAUGGAGUAAAUAGUAAGUCGGGUAGACAGCAGUUGUGGGAGGAGAUGAGAGUAUUGGCUGCAGAUCAUGUUGUCGCUACUAAACCAUGGGCUUUACUAGGCGAUUUUAACCAAAUCCUUAACCCUCAAGAGAAAUCAAAUGGAGGCACAAGAAUUUCAAGAGGAGGCAUCCAAGAUUUUCGAGACUGUGUUUCUUUUGUUGGCCUUUUUGAUCUGUCUAUCAGGGGUAACAUGUUCACAUGGUGGAACAACCAAGAGGAAACACCUAUAGCCAAGAAGCUCGACCGCAUUCUCAUCAAUGAUAAAUGGCUUCUUCAGUUUCCCUUUUCCUAUGGUCACUUUGGAGAGCCGGAUUUUUCAGACCAUAGCCCAGCCUGCAUUGCUAUUGGUGAUAGAGUGGCUUUGAAGAAACAGUUUAUGAUCUCUCACUUCUUGUUGGAGCAUUCGGAUUUCAUCCCAAGAGUCAAAAAGUUUUGGGAAGAGACAAUUAUCCAAGGUACUGUUAUGUUCUCUUUAUCUAAGAAGCUUAAGUUAUUGAAGCCAGUGAUCAAAGACAUCAACAGACGGCAUUUCUCAGGCCCUGGAAACAGAGUUAAAGAAGCUCACUCUAGUCUUCUUGAAUGUCAGCAAAACCUUCUCUCUAAUCCUUCCAUUGCCAUGGCUGCCCGUGAAAAGCAUGCGCAUAAGACUUGGUUGGAACUUGCUCUUGCGGAGGAGAAAUUUCUUCACCAAAGGUCUAGGGUUCAGAGUGUAGAGUGUGGAGAUUGCAAUACUGCGUAUUUCCAUAGAAAGGUUGCAUCAAGACGGGCGGGUAAUCAGAUACACUAUCUUUUGGAUAAUACUGAUCAAAGGCUAGAUGACUUGGAGGAGGUAAAAGCUCAUUGUGUAGACUAUUUCUCAGAUCUGUUUGGAGUUGCUUCUACGACUUUGACUGAUUCCGACAAGGCUAAGAUUUCUCUUUUCAUUAAGUACAGAUGCAGUGAUUCCAUAAAAAAGGAGCUAAUGUCAGUGGUUACACAAGAAGAUGUGAAAAAUGAGGUCUUCGCCCUCUCCACAAAUAAAACACCGGGACCAGAUGGUUAUACAGGUGAAUUUCUCAGGAAAACGUGGGACAUUAUUGGGGAGGAUUUCACAAGGGCAGUACUUGAGUUCUUUGAACCUGGACAGACUCUCAAACAGUGGAAUUGCACGGUUAUCUCCUUGAUUCCAAAACGUAUCGGGGCGGAUAAACUGGACCUUCUUAGAAACAUGGAGACGUCUGACACGAAUAGGGGAGCGGAUGUAUACUCUUGGGGUCAAGCACCUAAUGCUUCUCAUGCUUUCUCAACAAAGCAAACUUGGGAUCUAUUACGACCUUCACAGCCCGAUUAA